UCUAUAUUUUAUUCGCGCCAUUAAUCGAUAUUUAACCACCAUCCGCGCAUUAAUUUCAGUCGCUGCGAGCCUAACACUCAAUUUCUAAUUAAUACCUAAUAUGAAUUAUUAAUCCAAUUACCUGACAACAUAGAUAGUGUCGAUAAAACAGUACCAUGUAAAAUUGCAGGGGGACCAUAAUAGUAACGGUCUUGUUAAAUGUAUCACUACGCAGAUUCUCUUGUAACUUAAAUGCUUUAACAUGUGAAACAUUAUACAUCUAUACCAACCAUUUACAUAGGGGAUACUUCAUAAUAAAAUCUCUAUCAUUGAACUAUGACAACAAUACGAAAGCUGUAUAAAUAAAACGGCACGGGUUUCUCGAACAACUAACAUAGCGUGGAAAUUCGAGAUUAAAAGCGAAAAUAGAUAUAUGAUUCAAUUAGUGAAUUGUGUGAGCACAGUUUUAAAUAAAUAUUAUUACGACACAGUCAGUAGAAUUAUUCAGUAAAUAUAGGAGACACGCACUGUUACGAUCUGUAAUGAUAUUGUAAAAAAAUAUAAAGUUUAAUAAAAAAUAAUAAUCAUAAUUUGCAAAAAAAACACAGAUAUUUUGAGUAACAUAAAAAACAACAACAACAGUGUUUUAGUGGGAAAACGCGACUUUUAAUUUGAUAAGAUAGUGUUUUUUGAAAACAAGUUGACGUGGGGAGUGUGUUCAUGUAAUAUUAAAUGAUUUUGAAUGUCAAAAAAUACUUCGGUUUUUAAGUACCGUAUUAGUUAUUCGUACUUUUAACUUUCAGGUUGUUAAAAAUAUAUAUACAAGGAUUUAAAGCUGGAUAUUUAAUUUUAUGUUAUACUUUAAGUCAAAUAGGUUAAACCUUAUUGUAGUGUGCCGGUCACUUCAAUAGUUAAUAUCUUAAAUAGAGUGGACAUACGUGAAAAUUAAAACAAUAUUUAAGUUUGUGGUGAUGACAAUGUUGAAUAUUUAAUGGACUUUUAUUGAAUGGGAAAUAAUUCAACAUGACAUUGCCGAUGAAAAACCUCCAUGUGCCGGAACGGAGAAAUUAAAUGUGUGAACAUUUUUGCGCGGUUACUUUUCAUGAAAGGAAUUUAAAUUGUGAUUUUAGAAAUACACGACGGAAUGGAGCGUUAUGUUCUAACCUUGCCCAUGGCCGUCUGGUCGUUUGCAUUAUUUCAAGGAACAAAAGCAACCUGUUCAAGACCUGCAUUAAAUACCAACUCCUACACAUUAACGGAAGAAAAAUCGUCUUACCAGGUCAACGAAACCUACGAAAUUUACUGUGUUCCUGGUUACGUCAGUUCCGGCGGAAGUGAUCUGAUUUGUGGUACUUCCGGUUCAUGGUCAAUACCUUCGCCAGAAUGCACUCCUUCCGAGGGCACUUAUCCGUGGUGGAUGUUGUUGGUCGCUGUACUACUGGUAAUACUUUUGGUUUCAUGUAUUCUGCCGAGAUUUUUGCAGUGUUGCUUAUCAAAGGGUAAAAAGAAACAGGGAGGUGAGUCCAGGGACUUGGAGCAAAACAACGACAACUAUGACGAUUAUGAUGACGACGAUGACGAUGAUAGAGGGGAUUCGCCCGUACCCAAUUUCGGAAAACACAAGAAAAUGACUAAUAUUGAAUAUAUGUCCAAGCUUCACGAAGACGCAGAUCGAAAGACGCUUAAACGCGCGGCUAAAAAUUCAACAUUUUAACAGAACGCUUAAGAACGCUUGUUUAUACCAAAGAAAGUAUUCAUAUAGGAUUGUAGAGUACUUAGGGUGCUAAAGUGAGAUGUCGACUAUAUUCUCGAGAAAUCUUCGAAACCAUUCCUGAAAUUAUUUUCUAAAAAUUUCAGUUUAUUCCAAAUAGUGUCUUUUGUUAUUAGACAGUGCAUUGGUCAUCAGAUCACCACAGUUCAUUAAUUCUAUAAAAAAAAACUUUGUAAAUUGACACUAAAUUCAACUCAAAUACAUUAGAAUGUUGCUGUACAAUUAAGCUUGUAUAAUGUUUGUAUUGGGUUUUGUAAAUCUUGGAUAUUUAAAGUUCUAACAAUCACUUUAUCUCACUUACUUAAGUCUCAUUACUGUUUUAGCUGAAACUUUAAUGAAGUUCAGUUUAACCUAGAAAGUAUGUUGAAAAUAGCUAAUUGAUCGCUGGAAAAGGUAAGCAUCUAGCGACCGCUAUCUGAUUUAUACGGAAGAAAUAGGAGAAUAACAAGAAUUAGGUACACUGUAAAUCUAUGAUCUAUUCUUCCUAAAUGAAUUCCAUGGCAACAUCUCGAGAUAUUUGUCCAAAAUGUAAAACAUGUACUUAUAUAAAUGGUAUGGGAACAUAAUUUCAUAGUUUUACAUUAGGACUAUCUAAUAUUAAAAAUAACAUCAUGUCAUUAUGUAA